ACUGCUUCUAGCAAUCACAUACCUAUUUCAAUUAUACCUUUUUUUCUUCUGUUCCAAACAAUCAUUCUUGAUGAUCAUUCUUACUUCAAAAGUUUCACUUCUUUUGCAUCUACUUUUAUUUAUAAUCACAUUAUACAAAAGCAUGUGCAUCAAUCACACCGUGGUUCAAUGUAAUGAGAAAGAUCGAGAGACACUGUUAACCUUCAAACAAGGCAUCAAUUAUAAUCUUGGUCGGAUAUCAAUGUGGACAACAAAAAAAGAUUGUUGUGCUUGGGAAGGUGUCCAUUGUGACAACACUACCUGAAGAGUUACAAAACUUGAUCUCAACGAUUAUUUUUUGGAAGGUGAGAUGAAUCUUUGUAUUCUACAACUUGAGUUUCUAAGUUACUUGGAUUUGAGCGGGAAUGAUUUUGACGUGAUAAGAAUUCCAGCCAUUCAACGCAACAUCACGCAUUCAUCUAAACUUGCCUACCUUGACUUAUCCUACAGCUCAGCCGGUUCCGUGGUUAAUGGUUUUCAAAUGGAUAGUCUUGAUUGGCUUUCUCCACUUUCUUCAUUGAAAUAUCUCUUCCUAAGUGGAAUUGAUCUUCAUAAGGAAACCAAUUGGCUUCAAGCAGUGAGUAUACUUUCUUCACUGUUAGAAUUACAAUUAAGUGAAUGUAACCUCGAAAACUUCAAGAUCAAGCCAUCUUUUGAGUAUUUGAAUUUGUCUUCACUUGUAACUCUUGAUCUUUCUUACAACAACUUCACCUCCAAUAUACCUAAUGGGUUUUUUAAUCGUACCACAUAUGCCACCUACCUUCACCUUAAGGAGAGCAACAUAUAUGGUGAGAUACCUUCAAGUUUGCUAAACCUUCAAAAUUUGAGAUACCUUAAUCUCUUUGAAAAUCAACUACAAGGAUCAAUUCAAGAUGGAAUAGGCCAACUUGAACAUCUUCAAUACCUUGAUGUUUCGAAAAACAUGUUGAGUGGUUUUAUUCCUUCAACUUUAGGAAACCUCUCAUCCUUAAAUUACUUAUCUAUUAGCGAUAACAAUUUCUCUGGUGAAAUUUCAAAUUUACAUUUUUCCAAACUCCAUAGUUUAGUUUCACUAAACUUGAGUAAUUCAAUUUUUGAAUUCCAAUUUGAUUUGAAUUGGGUUCCUCCUUUUCAACUCUCUCACCUUUUGUUGAGAAAUACAAAUCUAGGCCCACACUUUCCAUCAUGGAUAUAUACACAGAAGUCAUUGCAAAUACUCGACUUAUCGAGCUCAGGAAUUUCGCUGGUAAAUAGAAAUAAGUUCUCAAGGCUUAUAGAAAGAAUAUCCGGUGAAAUUAUUUUGUCAAACAAUUCGAUUGCUGAAGACAUAUCUAACCUAACUCUAAAUUGUUUCUUUUUAUGGUUGGAUCACAAUAAUUUCACAGGAGGACUCCCAAACAUAUCUCCAAUGGCAGAUUGGGUUGAUUUGUCUUAUAACUCCUUCUCAGGAUCAAUUCCACAUAGUUGGAAGAACUUGUCAGAACUGGAAGUCUUGAACCUAUGGAGUAAUAAGCUGUCUGGUGAAGUUCCAUUAAACCUCUCUGAUUGGAGACAAUUGCAGAUCAUGAAUUUGGGAAAAAAUGAAUUUUCUGGAAACAUACCAGUUGGGAUGCCACAAAACUUAGUAGUGGUCAUAUUGAGAGCCAAUCAAUUUGAAGGUACUAUUCCACAACAACUAUUCAAUAUCUCUUAUAUGUUUCAUUUGGAUCUUGCACAUAAUAAACUUUCAGGUUCUGUGCCAAAGUGUGUCGACAACUUGACAGAUAUGGUUACUUUUCAUUUUAUUUCUUUUUAUAUUACCACAAUUGAGUUGUUUACAAAAGGUCAAGAUUAUAUUUAUGAAGUCCAUCCGGAUAGGCGAACUGUUGACCUUUCAGCCAAUAGCUUGUCUGGAGAAGUGCCAUUGGAAUUAUUUCGGCUUAUUCAAGUUCAAACGUUAAAUCUAUCUCACAAUAAUUUCAUUGGAACAAUACCGAACACGAUUGGAGGCAUGAAAAAUUUGGAAUCUCUCGAUCUUUCCAAUAAUAAGUUUUAUGGUGAAAUUCCUCAAAGCAUGGCUCUCUUAAACUUUUUGGGUUAUUUGAAUCUAUCUUACAACAAUUUUGACGGAAAAAUCCCAAUAGGAACUCAACUUCAAAGUUUUAAUGCAUCGAGUUAUAUUGGGAAUCCUAAACUAUGUGGAGCUCCACUUAGUAAUUGUACCGCAGAAGAAGAAAAUCCUAAAACUGCAAAGCCAUCUACAGAGAAUGAAGAUGAAGACUCUAUAAAAGAAUCAUUGUAUCUAGGGAUGGGAGUUGGAUUUGCAGUAGGUUUCUGGGGGAUUUGUGGUUCUUUGUUUCUUAUUAGGAAAUGGAGGCAUGCAUGCUUUCGGGUUAUAUAUGGAGUAGGUGACAAGCUCUAUGUUAUUUUGACGGUAAAGUUAAAUAGCUUUCGCAGAAAUUGAGGUCCUGCCAAUUAAGGUGAUUAUGCAUGUCACAGUUUGUGCAUUGUUAUCCAAUUCGUGGAUAGAGUUUUCCAAAUAGAGCAAAUAUUUUGAUAUCAACAAUUAAUAAUUGUAUGAGAUGAGAUCAUAUGUGAUUGUAACACUGUUGUUUCUGAAUUUAUGUUUCCCUUGUUUUAAUGUUUUUGUUUAUUUAUUUUCUUUUUUUAUAAUAGUCAGGGAAUGGUUACAUUCAUUUUGUAAGUUGUUCUUUGGGCUAGUGCACACCUCAUGUAUCUCUCUACAUAUUAGUUUAUGCAGAUGGUUUAAGAAUAAGAGUUUGUUUAGAAACUUUGCUGCUUCCAAUAUGCUUUGCACAUUUUGAGCAUAUCAUAUGUAGUGUUUGUAUAAAAACUUUGCUCCCUUCCUUCAGCUAUAAAUUAUUCUCUAAUACUAGCAUCAAGUUAUUGUUUUUAUAGCUACUC